UUGCUUUCUAGGAACCAUACCUGAGGAUGCUAGCCUUAUGAUGCACACACUGUUGAUGAAUCACUAUGUGCAUGGUGGCUUCUAUCCAAGGGGCGGGGCCAGUGAGAUCGCCUUCCAUAUCGUACCCGUCAUUGAGAAGGCUGGGGGUAAGGUCCUGGUCAGGGCUCCAGUGUCUGAGAUCCUCAUUGACAAGGAUGGUGCAGCAUACGGUGUUCGUGUUGCCAGGACAACCGGAGAUGUUGACAUCCAUGCUCCUCUCAUUAUCUCAGAUGCAGGCCUCGUAAACACAUACCAGAAAUUGCUCCCCCUAGAGACUGUUAAAAAACAUGACUUGAUGGACAAAUUCAAAGGAACCCGAACGGCCUUGGCUGGCUUCUCUGUCUUCGUGGGACUCAAAGGAUCAACAGAAGAGCUGAAGCUACCGGCCAGGCAGUACUGGUCCUUCACUAAUAAUGAUCUGAAUGGUAUCACCAAGACGUAUGCUAACCUGUCUGCCGAAGAAGCCAUGAAUUCCCCUGUUCCGCUGCUCUUCAUCAGUUUCCCAUCGGCCAAGGAUUCUACAUGGGAUGAGAGGUAUCCUGGAAAGUCUGCAUGCACUCUGGUAACCUUGGCUAACUGGGAAUGGUUUCAACAAUGGGAGAAGACUCGGAUGCACCAUAGAGGCGCUGAUUACGAAGCCAUUAAGAAGGGUAUAGCUGAUAAGAUGUGGGAACGGGUCCUGGAUCUCUUCCCACAACUCGAGGACAAGGUUGAUUACUUUGAAGCCGGGUCUCCUUUGUCCAACAAGUACUACCUUGCUGCCCCUGCUGGUGAGAUGUAUGGACUAGACCAUAACAAGGAGAGGUUCACUGCCGAGACCUGGACUAACCUUAGACCAGAGACUCCUAUUCCUAACCUUUACCUUACUGGUCAAGAUAUCAUGACAUGUGGCUUUGCGGGAGCUCUGUAUGCCGGCUUGAUGUGUGGAACAAAGCUACUGAAUCGAAACCUGAUUGGUGAUUUAGUCUCUCUCAAAGCCAAGAAGAAGAAAACAAAGUAAUCCUUACAAAGGCAAAGGUCUGUACAUCUACUAAAUCAAACCACACAUUUUAAAGGUAAAUGGAAGUAGUUGCAUUAAAAACUGAUUUCAUGAGUACAUCUGUAAAACCAAAGGUUAAUUGUCACUCUGUCAUCCCAGAUCUUUGUUCUCCUGUUUUAAUGGUGACAAAAAUGAAUCUAUGUUUCCUUCAUCAAUUUAACUUUAAUAUUUAUGAGUACCAAAAUUUUUGAUAAAUCAAUUACAGACUUGUUUUACACAUGGCUUUCCAUAGUUUGACCACAGAUUUAACAAUGUACAUCAAUGAAGCCUGUUAUGAAAUAAAUCUUGAUUUUCACUUUUUGUUAUAAGCUACUAAAAUACUUGCACCUGAUUGGCUUAAAGCACAUUAUUGCAUUAUCAAAGACUGCACCCUGUUUCAUGAAACUUGUUAUCAAUGAAUAAUUAUAAACUGUUAUAAGACAGUGAAAUCAAAGCAUUUAAUUGACUGAGAGUGAAGCAUGGUGAAACAGGGUCUGAAAGGGUAAGAGGAUCAAGUCAUUGAGGGGUUUUUUUUAUAGAGAAAAAUCCGAUUUAGAAAUGAGGAAAAAAACAAUAUUUGAAGCGCCAAUUAAUAAAUCACAAAUGACCAAUGCAGUGUUUGUCUUGUAGACUCCAAUAUUUUUUCAUCUGUAUUACAUGUAUGGUGGUGUGACCUAAAUUCGCGCGUUACCUAAUUUUGCGCACAGUCGAAUAUCUCUAUAUCUAAUUAAUAUCUAGAAAAACUUAUAUCACCAGCGGAAAAAGCGACCCAAAAUUACUCAGUAUGGUAAUUUUCUUGAAGGUAAGAUCUCAAUGUGUGAAAAUAUUGGCAAAACAUCGGCAAAUUUUGUUACCUUUUGUGUCUGCUCCGAGAGAAUUUGAUCUUCUCGACAAGCAUCAAGAAAUCGCCAGUUUGCAAGCAGAGCUCUCGAUAAGUAAGUAAAAUGUGAUACCAACCGACUUUAUGGCAUUUUAACCUCCAUCUGAUAUAAUUAUCUUACUUUUGUCUGCUUGAUUUUGUUUCUAAAGCUUUGCAAAACGAUUGUUCGCAAAUUAGGGUCACACUUUUUUAUGACACUUUUUCAGCCGAGGACGUGAAAAUUAUUUUAGUGUCAAUUAGAAAGAUGAAAUUAAAGGUCAAAUCCACCCUAGAAAAAUGUUGAUUUUCAUCAAAAUACAAAUAUCAUACAAGCAAUAAUGCUGAAAAUUUAAUUAAAAAGCGGACAAAAAAUGAGAAAGUUAUGACAUUUUCACUUAUUUUUCGCAAAACAGUUAUAUGCACAACUCAGUGACAUGCAAAUGAGAGAGUCGAUGAUGUUUUAUUGUUUGAAUUAUAAAAAUGGUGAUUCCACAUGUUCAUGGAGGAAUAAAGCUCUGUUUCACAGAACAGUAAAGAGAAAAUAAGAAUAUUUUAUAAUUCAUAUAAUGAAAAACAAAAGAGAGUGAGUGAUGUCAUCAAUUCCCUCAUUUGCCUACCGACCAGGAUGUGCAUGUAACUGUUUUGUGAAUUCAAGCAAAACUUUAAAAUGUCAUAACUUUGUUAUUUUACAUUUAUUUUUUUAGGAAAUUUGGGUGUUACGCUUGUUGGAUUAUUCUCCUUUUUAUUCAAAUUAUCUUUUUGUUGGGGUGGAUUUAACCUUUAAGGUAAUGAGUUUAUAACCAUUUUACUAUUUUCAAAUGAAAGUAGGUUAAUGUUCCGAAUUAUCUAGAUGUAUUUUAAUGUAAAUAAAAGUCAUGACUUUAGAUUCAUGGAGAUGUUAUGAAAUUUUAUUUGCAGUUUUGAUACAAAUAUCAAUGACAUGUACAUGUGUACAGUUUUUCAAAAUUGAUCUACCUCUUAAUGCCUUUUAUAAAUGAUAGCUUUAAGUUCUUGGAGAUAUUCAACUGAAAGACCCUAAUUUUAUAAAUUUUAUAAAGUUUUCCGAUUUCACCAAGUGAUGUAGUCCUGAAAAGGUCUGUUGGGUAAUCUUUCAGAUAAUAGAUCUUAAAAGAACUAGUGGUCUUGAUGUUUCAAGCUGGUUGAUUUGUGUAUUCAGGUUGUAGAUGCUUAAACUUCAUGGGAGAAAUUAUGACCAAGUAGGCAUUAUCUCAGUGUGUUGCAUGCCUACCAGUAGCCUUCUUAAAAGGGGAAGUGUUACCAUUAUUGUGACAUCAUAGAUAGAUAAUUAAUUAAUUAAUAAUUGACUGCUUUUGUUAUGAAGCUCUGGCUAUCCUAUCUAACCUAAAAUCUUUCAAUUAUAGUUGAAUUAGCAGCCGAGUCAGGUAUUGUGAUUUUGUAGAUAUCUUAAUAAAUAACUGACUUGCAAUUCUAGCUAUUGUCAAUAACCACAAGUUCCUGGAUGUAGAUCAUGUCAUUUACUUUGUGUGACCCAUGUAUCUUAGUAGCUUGGAGGGAAGAAUAGUAUACAGCAAGAGGGAAAACACAAGAAGCAAAAUGUAAGAAGAGAAUGAAAUCGCGGUGCGAAAGCGGAUGCAAAUAGACUAGCUACAGUGCGAGUAGACUGGAAGUUAUCGGAUAGCAUAUCACUGAACAAGCAGUAUAAUUUCUUGUUCAACUAGUGCAUAGCAUGUAUGAGAAAUUCACUCCAUGCGCUACUUCCAGGAACUUUUGUUUAUUGUCGAUAGCGAGAACUGUGAUUGGAUUAGCAGCCAAGUCAAUGAUUUUUAUUUUAAAUCCUUGACAAAGUUAUUAACUGCAUUUAAGGACGUUCCACAGUUAAAGUGAAAUCCAUGUCAUUUUCACCAAACUUUGCACAUAGAUACUUUAGAACCUUAAUAUUCGAAAUAUGCAAAAAUUAACAUAAGUCCAUGUGCUUGAUUUUUUGCUAUAGAACUUCAAAGUUCACCCAAAUUGAUGUUCUUAAGAAUUGCGCAUUCAAAAGAAUUUGGCAUUUUUAGACCGCCCAAGAUUACUACAAUGAGUUUAAACCUCUAUUACUCAGUCAAAAUACAUGAAAAGGUCAUCAAAUUUCGCAAGAGAGUUAAUAAUUGUAUCGUUAGAAUGGAGAAUAUAUUUAUAGUGCUAUUUGUUUGCAAUUUUAAGUUUAACAGCACUGUCAGUUCUUAAAAAUGGCGUAAAAGAUAACAAAACCCCAAUCUAAAAAAUGUGAAAUUUCAGUAACAAACUACAAAAGUACAAUAAAUGCUGCACUUUAUUCAAAAUCCAUGUCAUUUUCACCAAAAUUUGUAGAGUUGUAGAGGAAGGUAUACCUAAGAGGAACAAAUAGUAAAAUAUAGGGGUUCAUGUGCUUGUUUUUAAACUAUCAGUAUUUUUAUUAGAGCAAAUGUGCUUUUUAAAACACCAAAAAUGCGCCGAAUGCUUUGUAUCUACAAUGUAUGUGAAGGAAAAAUCAAAACCACUCUACCAUUUAUUCAAACUCGGGGUAAUAUUCGUGAUUCUUGGCAACACUGCAGAGUAAAGUAUUUUGAAAUUGUAGAGAAUCUUUUUUUGAAUGGUCCAUGGAAUAAUUCCAUUUUUUAGCGUCAUGAAAUAAUGCAUCGGAUCUGCAGUUAAAGUGCAGAAGAUGAGAAAAAUCAGCACAUACCCGCAGCUAAUUAAUCACCUGUUCAUCCAUUGUGACGUCAGCGCGCAGAGUGUAAACUAUGCGCAGAUCAUAAUGCGCACAAACAUAACUGUGGAACGUCCUUAAUUGAUACUUGUGACAUAUUGGCCUUUUGAUAAUGAAAAGAAAAUAAAGUUUCAGUCGAUCUGAACUAUGGAAGUCUAUAACUAAUCUUGUCGGUUGUUUCGAUACAUGUAUUCAAAUGAUAAAAUUUUGGUUUUUUUUUUAAUCUCAAAACUCACUUUCUCUGUUUUAAACUUGCAUUUGAUGUAAGCGUGGAAAUUGCAUAGAAUUUAAAUGUAGGAUGAAAUCAUGGAAAUAUAUAAAUUCAUUUUCGUCAUGUUUUUUCUUUUGAAAUGUAUCUUAAAUUUGUUCAAUAAAUCCUGUUUGCUGCAUUCAAAUCUUGUGUGCCAUUGACACCAGCUGUAGCUGGUGAAUUACCUCAUGUGCAAUUUGGAUACACGUAUCACAGAUAAAUGAUAUUACCUUUUCACUUGCGUGCAUAAGAAUUCUCAUGUGGUAGUAAUUGUAAUGAAAAUUGUUUACUAUUUUUUUUAUUGUACAUUGGUACCUUAUAGUAUGUAUUACCAAUGAACAAAUAUGCUGCACAUGAAUCCAUUUAUUACACUUAUUUGUGUAGAGUUGUGCAAAAUAAUGCAUAGUUUGCAUAUUUUUAAUCAUUAAUAACACUGAUAAUGUAAAGGUUUUCAUUUCUGUGUUGUUCAGGGUAUUUAAAAGGAAAACAAAAUGGAACAGCUAUUGAAGAAAAAAUGCUUUUAAGAUCAGAAUAGAUAAUUUCUUAUUCCAUGAAACUUUAUUCUAAAUCCAUUUGAUUGAUUUCUUGUGAUUCUGUAAGGAAUAUUUUGCAACGAAAAGUUAUAUAAUAAUUUGAUGUGUAAUCUCAUACCAAAAAACCCACUUUAUUAUUGAGCUGAGGUGACGACUAUUAUGCAAUAAUAAAAUCAAUUUUGAAUCAA